AAGGUCGCGCGCCACAUGUGCAAGUUCAUUUUGGUGUGCGCCUGUGCAAGGUGAUUUUUGCGCAAAAAAAUUAUGACGACAAUGUCUCCCAGUCAGCUGAACUCUUCUAUUUGUUCCCUGGUAUUGAUUUAAUAAUGAGAUGGGUAACACGUUAGCAAGUGAUGGCGAAUUUGAGGGAUCCAAAGAGUGUCUAGCAGACGCUCUCCCGAAGGAAUUGAUUGAAAAGAUUUUGUCCUACCUCUCCCAUAGAGAGCUGUUGAUGGUAGCACGAUGCAGCAAGAUAUACCGAGAUAUCACCAAUCAAGACAUAUUCUGGCUGAGUUUCUGUAUGCGGCGCCGUUGGCUCAAAUAUGGCCUGUCAUAUGACCUCCUGAAUGAACAGAGUCCUCCGUACACACCUCCAGUCAGUGCCUCUGGGAAGUCGCCCAUAUACAGCUUUCAGGAACCUGAACAUUCUACUCUACCGCCGCUCUGUAAAUGGAGGAAAGUCUUCAUGAGAGCGAAUCAUCUACAGAAUAACUGGAAGACCGGCCGAUACAGCAUACCUCCACCUCUCAAAGGCCACACUGAAAAUGUAACUUGUAUUGACUCCAAUGGCCAGGUCAUCGUUAGUGGCAGCGCUGACAAAACUCUAAGAAUAUGGGACAUCCAUACCUGCAGAUGUAUCCAUAAGAUAGGGAGUCAUUCAGACGCUGUUACAGCAGUAAAAAUAAAGGGAAAUGUGAUAGUAACAGGAUGUGCAGACUGUAGUAUCCGGGUCUUUGACUCGACCACAGGCAAGUUGACCUUGACCUUUCAAGGCCAUGCUGGAAGCGUCGAUCACCUUGCCGUCGAUGGAGACACAAUAGUCAGUGCGAGUGCCGAUAGGAGAAUUCGCGUAUGGAGUUUAAAACUGGGUAAACUGACUCACAGUUUUAGAGGUCAUGACGAUGACAUUGAGUGUUUAGCUCUGCAUGGUACUCAUGCCCUGACUGGCUCUUGGGACAGUACCCUGAUGUUGUUUAAUGUCGUACACGGCGAGCAGGUCUGGACGCUUAGGGGACACACUGAAGUUGUCAACUGUUGUCAGUUCGAUGACAAAAAAAUAAUAAGUGGGAGCGGAGAUGGGACACUGAAGAUAUGGCACACGGUGCUCGGAGUGGAGUUAAACACUCUCGUUGGUCAUACCGGUGAAGUGUAUUGCCUUGUCUACAAUCAUGACAUCAUCGCAUCCGGGUCUUCUGAUAGUUCUGUGAUAUUAUGGACUCAUACAGGAAAACAAUUAGCUGUCCUAAAUGAACACAUCGGUGUCGUGCGGUGCUUGUACAUAGAUGAUUAUAAACUUGUCAGUGGAGGAGACCGAAAGAAAAUUGUAGUCUGGGAUUGGAAGGAAAGGAAGGUCUUCAAUGCCAUCCAUCGACAUCCUACACUCCUUCAUACAAUGUGUGUCCUGGAGACAAAGAUUAUCACUGCCUCCCCGGCCAAACCUGGCACCGUCACUGUAAUGAGCUACUGGUGACCGAGGAAGCUAUCGUCGUGGCGUUUACCUUGAGCUGGCGACCCGAGAGGGUGGCGGGCGCAAGCUCAGCAAGACUGUCACUGUUAUGAGCUACUGGUGACCGAGGAAGCUAUCGUCGUGGCGUUUACCUUGAGCUGGCGACCCGAGAGGGUGGCGGGUGCAAGCUCAGCAAGACUGUCACUGUCAUGACCGGUUCGUGACCAAGGAAGCUAUCGUCGUGGCGUUUACCUUGAGCUGGCGACCCGAGAAGUAGGCGGGCGCAAGCUCAGCAAGACUGUCACUGUUAUGAGCGGUUGGUGACCAAGGAAGCUAUCGUCGUGGCGUUUACCUUGAGCUGGCGACCCGAGAAGUUGGCGGGCGCAAGCUCAGCAAGACUGUCACUGUUAUGAGCGGUUGGUGACCGAGGAAGCUAUCGUCGUGGCGCUACCUUGAGCUGGUAACCCGAGAAGUUGGCGGGCGCAAGCUCAGCAAGACUGUCACUGUUAUGAGCGGUUGGUGACCGAGGAAGCUAUGGUCGUGGCGUUUACCUUGAGCUGGCGACCCGAGAGGGUGGCGGGCGCAAGCUCAGCAAGACUGCACUGUUUUGAGCGGUUGGUGACCGAAGAAGCUCCUGGUACAAACCUGUCACUGCCAUUGCUCAUAGAAAGGAAGUCGAAAGUGGACGAAAUGACCAGGGCCACGGUUUGCGCUAACUCGAAAAUGGGUAAAAUCGAGCGAAAAAUUAAUAAGGAUCGUUCUUUUGUUAAAAUUUAUUUUGGCGUCGAUACUGAGGAGAUGUUAAUCAUGAAAAUCAGACAGGCGUGUUGGCGGUUUGUGUUACAGUGUUUUUCUAUACAAGAAAUAA